AUGAUAUAUGUGUUAUGGUUCCCUCAUCUUAUUAAUGAGGAGAUUGAGACUCAGAGACAUUCAGUUUCUGGUCCAAGGUCCCCAAGCGAGGACAGAGAAGGGCUGGGUCAGAGCCCAGUCUGUCUGAGGGAAGCUCAGGCCAUGCUGCUCCUGGGUUCACAGGCUCCUUCUGGUUGUGGAGUUUCCCGACACUGCGGGGGCACAUUCACCAUUUUACAUCCCUGCCUGAGGAAGAAUCUGUGUGCUUCUCACAACCGUGACUGGAGACUUCAGUCACGGGAAAAGUCUGAGUCAUUCUGCUUUUUCUUCUUUCCUAAACCCUGGGACAGGAGACAACAGAGAAAGUGCCUUGGCAUCUGGCUUGCCCCAAACCUCUAUCCAUCAGACAUCUAA